AUGGUCAUGCUGACACCUCACUUGGAGGUGCUCAAUGAGGGCAAAGGCUCCCAGAGCGACUCCAAGGAUACCGGCAGCUUUCGAAGUGUUAAGAAACGUCGAACCGGCACUAGCUCGGCGUUCGACUCUGCGCCCGCCACCGACGAGCAGCUUGUGGCGGCCGUGAAAGCAUUCUACAACUGGUGCCAGGCGCCGAAGAGUCCGCUGAGGUCCAUGCUCUUCCUGCUGUCGGGCGGCAACACGUUCUACACCUCUCAUUGCGCAGGGUUGGUGGCCAGGGCCUGCAUUCAGCACAAGCCGAUGACCGAAUAA